UGGCGAGGAUGUCACCCCUUUCCCAAACUGCUUAGGAGCAGAGGUUAAGUUGAAAGUGAAAGAGAAAAUGCAGGAAGCAGCCAUCAGCCUCUGAGGAAGGGUGAAAGCGAAAGGGGGAAACGACAGGCAACAGACCUGGAGACCAACAAAGGCCGAGGCUGAGGCCUUUCUCGCUCCCCGCUGGCCCCACUCGUCUGACCGACCCAUCGACCCCUGACCCUUAAUCCGCCCUGACUGUCCCGAGAUGCUGAAGCUAGCGCUGGAGCCCCAUGGAGGCUUCUCCUUCGAGAACUGCCAGAGAAACGCAUCCUUGGAACGCGUCCUCCCGGGGCUUCGAGUCCCUCAUGCACGCAAGACCGGGACCACCAUCGCGGGCCUUGUAUUCCGAGACGGGGUCAUCCUGGGCGCGGAUACGCGGGCCACUAACGAUUCGGUAGUGGCGGACAAGAGCUGCGAGAAGAUCCACUUCAUCGCCCCCAAAAUCUACUGCUGUGGGGCUGGAGUAGCCGCGGACGCCGAGAUGACCACGCGGAUGGUGGCGUCUAACAUGGAGCUACACGCGCUGUCCACGGGCCGCGAGCCCCGCGUGGCCACCGUCACGCGCGUCCUGCGCCAAACGCUGUUCCGGUACCGGGGCCACGUGGGGGCGUCGCUGAUCGUGGGGGGCGUAGACGUGACCGGACCUCAGCUCUACGACGUGCACCCCCACGGCUCCUACAGCCGUCUGCCCUUCACGGCUCUGGGUGAGCGCUUCCGCCCCUUCCCCACGAACCCCAUCCCUGCGACUCUGGUCUCACAUUUGUUCCUCGGACGGGGCGCCAUGCAGCUGACCUCAGAAGCCCCACUCUUGCCUGCAGGUUCCGGCCAGGACGCAGCCCUGGCGGUGCUGGAGGACCGGUUCCAGCCUAACAUGAUGCUGGAGGCUGCGCAGGAGCUGCUGGUAGAAGCGAUCACCGCAGGGAUCUUGGGUGACCUGGGCUCUGGGGGCAAUGUGGAUGCAUGUGUGAUCACCAGGACUGGCGCCAAGCUGCUGCGGACACUAAGUUCACCCACAGAGCCUGUGGAGAGGCCCGGCCACUACCGCUUUGUGCCUGGAACCACAGCUGUUCUGACCCAAGCAGUGAAACCACUGAAUCUGGAGCUACUGGAGGAAACUGUGCAGGCCAUGGAAGUGGAGUGAAGUGGGCUGAGGCUUAGAGCUUGGAACAAGGGGGAAUAAAUCCUGA